CCGCUCCCAGCCCGGCCGCAGACAAAGGCCGGCCUCCCGCCAGUCCCGCCGGCUGCCAGCUCCGCGCCGGGCCCGCGCGCGGCAUGGGCGGCUCCGGGGCCCCCGCGGAGCCAUGAGGCGCGGGCUGCGGGCGCAGCGGCGAGCAGCAUGGCCGGGGCCGGGGCCAGGGCCGGCCGGCGCGGCAUCCCCAAACGCAAGCCCAACUUCACGCUGCAGGAGAUCGACAUCCUGAUGAGCGAGGUGCUGCGCUACGAGCAGCUGCUGUUCGGGGCCAGCUCCACCAACGUGAACGCCUACGAGAAGCAGAAGAUCUGGUGGCGCAUCACCAACAAGAUCAACGCGGCGGGCCGCAACCAGCGCGACAUCGGCGAGGUGAAGAACCGCUGGCGUGGCCUGCGCCGCCGGGCCAACGACAAGAUCACCCGGCACCGCCAGGAGCGCCAGGCGCCGCCCGACAUCCGCGGCUACCCCGCGCCCCGCGCCGCCGAGCCCCGCGAGCCCGAGCUCGGCCCGCAAUGGGGCCUGCACGCCGUGUGCCCGCCGGACGCGCCGCCCGGCUCCGGCGAGGUGCCCGCGCCGCAGGGGACAGGUGUGAAGGAGGAGCCAGUAAAGGAGGAGCCAGUGGACGUGAAGCCAGAACCAUUCCAUACGCCUUCCACUGAGGCUAUCCAUCAACAAGUGACGCGGGGAGGAGAGAGGCGGCUCCUCAGGAGUGCUGGCCAUGUGCCGGAUGAUCCAUGUGAAGGCUGGAGCCGGAGCCCGCAGAAUCCCUCGCAAACUGAACUCGCCAUCAGCGAGCUGGGCGGGCAGCAGGAGCCCCUGGGCACGGAUUUCACAAGUAUUAUCUUUGACCAAGAGGCAGAGCACCUGAAUGACUGUAACGCAAGUGAAAGCGUGACCCCUGUAACUGUAGCACUGCAGGAGGGGGGGCUGGAGAGUGGCCAUCUCAGCCCUGUGGAGAAGCGGAUUCUCCAGUCCAAUGAGCAGCUGGUGCAGGAGAUGCGAGCCUUCCGCAGGGAGUACACGGAAAGCCGCAGGGAAACUGCCUCUAUCCUACGCAUCAUCGCCAAGGCCCUCAGCAGUGUGAGCAGCAGCCUCUGUGAGAUCCGCGAUCUCUACCUCCGACAGCAAGUGACCCCCAAGCAGUGAGGGGCCACUAGGCCAGAUCAUAGAUACAAGUAUUGACUAGCAUUGGGGUGAGACCCAAACCCUGUGGGACCCCACUAAUUGCUGAUUCCCCAUUAACAAUCACUGGAUUGUGAGAUUUCAGAAGCCUCCUACUGCAAGACAAACCCAAGAAAGAAACCAACAGGACUCUACUGGCCAUCACAUACAGUCCCCAGCUAAAACCCCUCCAACGCAUCAUCAGGGAUCUACAACCCAUCCUGAACAAUGAUCCCACACUUUCACAGGCCUUGGGUGGCAGGCCAGUCCUCGCCCACAGGCAACCUGCCAACCUGAAACAUAUUC